AUGGAAUCAGAAAAGUUUUCAAAUCUCUCCAACCCUGAAGUUCUGUUAGGAUUAAAAAGUCAGCAUUCAUCCUCCAAAAUGAGUGAAUCUUCUGAGGAAGCCCAAAUCAAGCCCCAAUAUUUAGAUAAGCAAUGGCAAUGGGCAUAUCCUACGGUUGAAGGUAUUCCUCCAAGCCCUCGUGGAGGUCAUACAGCUACUUUAGUAGGCGCCUCAUUAGUGAUUUUCGGAGGACACUAUUAUGCAGGGAAAAAAGAAGGAUUUGUCUACCUCAAUGAUACAAUUGUAUUAGAUGUCAAUGAUAACCGCUGGUAUAGGCCUCGAAUAAACGGGACUCCUCCAGCUCCUCGGUAUGGCCACACCUCAGUUCUGGCUGGCUCUCGAGUGGUUUUAUUUGGAGGAAGAGGUGCAAAUUCAGCUCAUUUUAGGGACCUUCAUGCCUUGGACCCAGUUACUAUGACAUGGUAUCAAGGCCCUGAAGGUGGAAAUGCUCCAGGUGGACGACUUGACCAUUCUGCUAAUUUAGUAGGUUCUAAAAUGUUUAUAUUUGGAGGGUGGAAUCAAGAUAUUUUUUAUAAUGAUUUACAUGUGCUGGAUCUUGCAUUAAUGGCUUGGACCCAACCAGAAACAUCAGGACCUUCCCCAUCUCCUAGAAUGGGGCAUGUUUCUGUUGUGGUUGGAACAAAUAUUGUGAUUCAAGGAGGAUUUUAUUUUGACCCUAAAAAGCACGAAGAUGGAGGUCUGAGGAUGGGAAGUAUGUUGAAGGAAUGCUAUUUAAAUGAUCUUAGGGUGCUUGAUACAGAAACCCUAGUAUGAAGCAGACUCAGAGUGUCGGGAACUCCACCUUAUCCAUGCUAUGGCCAUACCAUGGAUAUUUCUGGGUCUGAUAUUAUUGUUUUUGGAGGAUAUGGAGCUUUUCAGAAAGGGACAGAAACAAAGUGCGAUUAUUUUGUGGAUUUGAAUACAGACACAAUGACUUGGAAUAGAGGAAAUUAUAUUGGAACCCCUCCCCCUCCAAGGCAUGGACACACUUCGACACCAAUUGGUCCACAUGUUUUAAUAUUUGGAGGGUGGGAAUCGACAAAAGCAAUGAAUGAUGUGGUUGUGAUAAGAGAAAUAUCUGAUGCAAAAGAUGCAAAAUAA